GAGAAGAGUUUGGGGUGGAAAGGUUAUCAUGAUUAUGAACAACAACACUUUCCAUUAGAUGUAAAUUAUUUGUCAGUGAUUUUCUUUGAGAUAACUCUCACAUGGCUUAUAGAGUUGUUUUUGGUCAAACAGCCUCCUGACUUUGCUAAGAUUGGUUUAGUGAGUCAGAGAUUCUGCGCAGAGGUGCGUUUCAUGAGCUGCUUUUGUUUGGAAGUGACUUCAGCCCUCCUUUUCCUCUUGAUUGCAGUGGAAACAGAUGGCUCUGCCUGAUACCGCCCACUGGCAACCAGAGAUCAGAACCUUUUCUCUCUCAAAUUCAAGAGAUCAGCGUGAUACACUAAGGCCCUGUGCAAUGAAGCUCUACAGCACUGUUGGAAAUACAAAAAUGACCAUACAGCAAAACAUUUGCUAAACAAAAAAAUGAUGCUACUGGUCAAAUAAAUUUGAAUAACCAUGACUGCACUGGAGAUCGGCCAUAAUUGUUGAUAAGCUAAUCAGGCUGCUGUGGAAGACUAAAAUAAAAGGCUUUCCAUGACUACAAAGAAGCACUCGCAACAGUGAGCGUGGACCACUUACUGACAGCAUUAGUUGAGAAGAGAGACCCUCACUGGAAUACAACAGUAUUCAGAUUUAAUUGAGCUUCUAAACAGAUUUCUUCAUCAUGGCCAAUCAGCCUCUACCACUGUCUCAGGAGACUUUAGCUCAGUUCAAUCGCUCCAUGGCCACAGAACCAGGUGCUUCAGGGCCUCCAAAGCGACGUCUGGGCUCUAUCUCCACUCGCCGAAGCUCCAAAGAUCAGCCCCACCACAGACCCCUUUUCCUCAGGGGCAUGACGGUUCCUUCUUCUGAGUUGUCGUUCUUGAGUGCCAACGUCAGCAAUUCUCACGUCUCCAUGGGCAAGCGGUUCUCAUUCGCAGGCUGGCACCAGGGAGGAAGAGUGAGCUUCUCUGGACUGUACCUCCAACAACCCAUCCAGGAGGUUUAUGUGGAGAACACCUGUAGAACGGGACCAGAACCAGGGUGCCAUUUCAGUGCUACCAGGACCAAGCAGAUCUUACAGGCCACUUUGGAUAGUUAUUUGGAAGGUGUGUGUUACAGUCCUGAUAGUUGUAGCCAGCUUUGUCUGAUGUUAGCAGAUCUAGUUCUCAGUGAGCUAAAAGAUGUCAGUCCACCACGAUAUAAACUUGUGUGCCAGGUGGUGGUCGGACAGAGCGGUAAACAAGGUAUAAGGGUGGCCAGCCGUAGCCUGAUGAACCUCAGUACUGACAACUACACAUCUGUUGUUUUCCAAAAUCACUCAUUGUUUGCUGUGGCUUUAGUACACGGUAUGUACUUUGAAUGAAGGCUAAAUCAACAAACAU